CCCAACCACCUUCCUCACAAUGGGGUUCAUUGCUGAGGUGGGAGGGGCAUCCUAGGGAGGGUGCAGCAGGGGGCCUGCCUGCCAGACACCCUUGGGGAGCCUGUCCUUUCAAGCAUGAACCAUACCAUCUGGGAUCCCCUACUCCCAGUGUGCUCUUAGCUCUGCCUGCCCGGUGUGGGGUCCUGGAGACCUUCUUGGAGUUCAUCCAGCAACCAUCAUGCAGGGUGGUGCUGGGGACUGCCCUCGUACUCGGAGGUGGAGGCCUCAUGUUGUGGAUGCAGAGGAAGAAGAGAAGGAAGACAGCUCCUGAGUCUGCAGAAGAUGAGCAGGAGCCAGCAGAAUGCCACAAGGUGAAAAACGAGAACUGGAUCAAAUCGCACUUUAGCCGUCUCUCCGAAGAGAAGCUGGCCGCCGGCAGCAACACCACAACAGCCGGCAGCCUCACAGGCAGCAACACGGCCACUGGCAAUGGAGAGGCCAACACCACGAUUCGCGUGGAGACCUUCGCCACCAGGCAAGGAGAAGAGGGCACGGCUCUUCACCGGGAGUCCUUCACCAGCAAGCAGAGGAUGUCUGGAACCUCAGUGAUCAAAGAGACCCACAAGGAGUCUGGAAAAUCCUCGUCCACCGAUGAGGCCACGUGGGCCGCUGUGGCUGCCUGUACCAAGGAGAUUGACACCAAGGGGCAGCAGCUGGCUAACUCCAUGUUGCAGCGGGCCACGGCUUGCCAGAACUCAGGCCACCUGGAGUCCAAGGACAUCAACCAGGAGGAGCUGAAGGCCCUCGAGGAGGUGGAGAUAAAGUUGAAAGGGAAUUUCCUCAACCAGCGGGAAACCACCGUAGCUGGCUCCAACCACACACACACCUUCCAUGGCCAUUGUCACCAUGGCCACCAGGGCUAUCCAAGCCACCCGAGCCAUCAGUGCCACAGCCUGCCCACCCGCAGCCAUCAGACCUAUCACCCCUUUAAAGCCACCUAACCAUGGAUGGAGAUGCCCCUUCCCCCAGCAGGGCUGGCACACAAUCUCCGGCUUGUUUUCUCUCUGGUGGGGCAACCUAUGUGGCCCAGAGUAAGAUGCUGCCACCCAAAUCCCUUCUUCCUCAGGCCCCUCUGACUCUGAGUGGAGUCUACCACUGAUGGCCGCUGAUGGAGAAAGAGCUGGGAGGAACUGAAACAGCUGAGACAGACUCACAGGCCCCUGAAGACCCACUGAGAGAAGACAGACAAGGCAGAUCCCAGGAGCCGCUGAGAGCACCAUGUUGAUGCCAAAUGCCUGGAAAUGAGCCAAUAAAGCCUUGCAUUCCCUCACUCUGAGUCUGGGGGCUCUGUGGCCAGCCCCAGGUCUGGGCAGGCCUGUGGGGAGAGGGUUCCUCCUCCCACAGUCCUCUCCGUGAGGGCUGAUUCGAGACUCGGUUAAUUGGCUGCCCAGGUCUCCAGCCCUGGACAUGGGCUGUCUCCAGCGGGCUCAGUCCUUACAGACUUGCUAUUGCCAGGGAGGGAAGAAGCAGCCGGGGGUUGGGAGGAGCAGGGAGAGAUCGGCUUUCAGAAGCAAGGAAGUGAGCAGGGGUGGGAUGUAGGCCCACUGUCCUCUUGGUGCCACCCCCCAUCCUGUGUACUGCUUCUCAGAUAGUGUGGACACAUAUCACGGCUCUCUCUCACUGCCCCGCCUGCUUCCUUAGGCCCACUGGGAUCUGUGCUAGUGCCUCCCCACCACCUACCUUCCGAGCUAAUGUGUGCAAUACCCUCUCUUCUGGUUUAUGUUACCGUUGCUGUUGCUAGGGCUGGGGCUGGG